UUGCUGUCAAGCGGUAUCUUUGAGUUGUUUACAUGCAAAUAGUUAACGGAAACGGAGCGGCAUACAUUUUCUUCGAGUUAUUACAUCUUUUAGGAGGCAAAUAGUUUUUCUUAAGUAUUCUACACAAUGGCUGCUACACGGGAACGACGAUCAAAUGCCGGCCGACGCAUGGCCUCCUUGCUAAAUGAAGAGGAAGAGGAUGAAUUCUACAAAACGUCCUACGGUGGAUUCAAUGAGACGGUCGACGAUGGAGAUUAUGUCCAGAAAAAUGACGACGAAGAAGAUAUUAUCGAUUCCGACUUCAGUAUCGAUGAAAACGACGAGCCCAUUUCUGACGUGGAAGAGGAACCGGCAAAGGGAAGCAAACGCCGCAAAGUGGGUACUGUAACAAAGGCGUACCGUGAGCCAGCCCCUAAAAAACAGGCACCGAAAACGAAGGAACCAAAGCCGAAAAACGAACGGCAAUCAACUCUUCGCAAGCGACCAAAGUUCACCGUAAUCGAUUCCGGUCGCAAAUCGUUUCGUAAGUCAACUGCAGCGAAAACGGCCGCUACACAGAGCCGGCUUAAACAACGCUUCGAAGCGGAACGCAAACGGACUCGUGUUAUAAGAACGGAGGAAUAUAUACCGACGCAAGAGGAGCUGCUAGAGGAAGCGGGAAUUACUGAACGGGAAAAUCUGAAAUCCUUGGAACGCUUUCGACGGAUGGAACUAGAAAAACAAAAAAUGAGACCUACUAAAAAAAAGUUUACUGGUGCUACAAUACGUUACUUUUCCACUGCAAUGCCCAUCAUAGAAGAAGUUUACGAUCACAAUACCGAUGUAGAUCCUUUAAGCAUAAGCGAUCCGAAGGAAGCGGACGAUACAGUCGAGAAAACCACGAGAGAAAAGUCUGUGAAACGAAACAGGAAAAAAACAACGCUGAUGGAAGUAACUGGUCAAUACGAGCGAACCUUCAUCACCUUUGAAAAUGACAUCGAUAACAAGGUGUUUGAAUCGUACUUCCCCAAACCCGACACGAGUCGUAAGCAUCGUCAAAUUUGUGCCGUUACCCGACUGCCGGCCAGAUACUUUGAUCCCAUUACGCAGCUACCUUACCGGAAUAUGCAAGCGUUCAAGAUACUGCGCGAAGCGUACUACCAGCAGCUAGAGGAGCGUGGAAACUUCGACAACCCGAACGUUGCUCGCUGGUUAGAAUGGCGCAAAAAGAUAAAGGAAUACCGCGUUAAGACUAUGAAGAAAACGCAGUCUUCCAUCAGCGCUAGCUCUACGAAGCCAACCGCCACAGCUGGCAGUCCGGUAAAAUUAAACUCUGCCACACCCAUAGUGUCGGGUUCCUCCGGGACGACGAAAUGAUUCCUGCAUUAACGAACGAUCUUUAGCACCCCGGCGUAGCUUCAGUGAUCGUCGCUUGAAUGAUCCACCGGCCGGAGUAGCUGAAGUGCCACGGCGCAACAGAAAGUUUCUUGAUGUAGCCAACG